AUGCCUACAAACUCUUAUGCAAUUCACUCCGAUCGGCGGUCAAUAGGGUCCACGGACGAUGAUGACGAUUUAGAGCUGGAGGAGCUUGGGGUACACUCAAGUCCUAGAUUUAGUGACCAUGACAGGCACCGGAGGCCUUCGGAUGGUUCACGUUGGUAUAGCCCUGCGGUACCCCUGAAGAAGUUACGGCAGAAGACACAGAAACGACCUUGGGAACGGGAUAUAAGGCAAAGCGGAGAAGAGGAUGAUCUGGACGGCCUGCUUUACGACCAUGAGCAUGAAGAGCCCCGGCUCUCUCGUGCAACAAUAAGUUCCGCCGAUGACGAUUCACCUCUUCUUACAACUGGCGAACGGCGACCGCUGUCUCGAGAGUCAUCUGGCCAAACUCGUUCAGGUUUACGGUCCAUGCUUGGUCUUCCAAUGUUCGGCAACCGUGGUGCAAUGACGACAGGAGGGUUACUUGACCGUCUCAAGCGCCCUGGAUCUAACAAAACUGCCAACACAAUACCUCCCCGCGAAAUAUUAGUCGGCCAGGGCCAGAAAUCUCGAUAUCCGCCUAACGUUGUGUCAAACGCUAAAUAUACCCCCUGGAGUUUCCUCCCGCGUACUCUAUAUAAUGAGUUUUCUUUCUUCUUCAAUAUUUAUUUUCUACUCGUGGCUUUGUCCCAAACUAUUCCCAUUCUGCGCAUUGGCUAUAUAUCCUCUUACAUUGCUCCACUUUCCUUCGUCGUGUUCAUUUCUCUCAGCAAAGAGGCCCUGGAUGACAUCUCUCGGCGUCGAAGAGACGCAGAAGCAAACUCCGAGGAAUACAAUGUAAUAUCCUUCGAACGAUCAUCCUUUCGAACCCCAGGCCUCGCCUCGUCCAAAGGUCAAACUCCCAAUUGGCCGGAACCUAUUGAAAUUACCAAGAAGUCUAAGGAUCUCAAAGUUGGUGACAUUUUGAAGGUUGGGAAGGACCGACGUCUCCCGGCAGACGUCAUUAUCCUGAAAUCUUUACCGACAGAUUCAUCGUCUAACCCCGAAAGUGAUGCCGAGUACUCCGUGCCUUAUGAUACCAGCCAGGAACACGGUGCUUCAGAGGCUAAUAGAGGUGAUAUACCGUCAGACGCAGCUGGUUCUGCGGAGACAUUUAUCAGAACAGAUCAAUUAGAUGGUGAAACAGAUUGGAAAUUGCGCCUGGCAUCACCCCUCACCCAGAGCCUAGCCCUCGCGGAGCUUAAUAGAAUACGUAUAACAGCCAGCUCCCCUGCAAAGAAUGUCAAUGAGUUUGUUGGGAAAAUUGAACUUGCACAGCCACCGUCAGAACCAUAUGAUCCAGCGGUUGAACAGGGUGGGAAGCAGGAUGGAUAUUCAUCACCAACCCAAUCGGCUCCGCUUAGUAUCGAUAACGCUGCUUGGGCAAACACCGUGCUUGCCUCGAAUACCAUUACCUACGCAGCUGUUAUCUACACCGGGUCACAAACAAGGUCUGCUUUGUCAACUUCCGCAUCCCGCUCAAAGGUUGGGCUGCUUGAACACGAAAUAAACAGCCUGACAAAGAUUCUUUGUGUUCUCACUUUGACACUGUCGGUUACGCUGGUGGCGCUGGAAGGAUUCGAACCAACCAAUGAUAAAGAGUGGUAUAUUGCCAUUAUGAUCUACCUUAUUCUUUUCUCUACCAUCAUUCCAAUGAGCUUGCGUGUCAACCUUGACAUGGCCAAAACGGUUUAUGGGCGGUUUAUCGAGAGGGAUAAGGGAAUACCAGGAACAAUUGUACGAACAAGUACAAUACCUGAGGAUCUCGGAAGAAUCGAAUAUCUUCUAUCCGAUAAAACGGGUACCCUGACUCAAAACGAGAUGGAACUGAAAAAGAUUCAUGUUGGGACAGUGUCAUAUGCUAAUGAAGCAAUGGAGGAAGUUGCGUCUUUUGUUCGCCAGGGAUUCUCAGCUUCUUCAUCGGCAGGUGGAAAUGAAUUGUUACCAUUUACCAGUGCAUCUGCACAGACAAGUUCUGGGCCUGCAACCAGGACAAGGCGUGAAAUCAGUUCCCGUGUCAGGGACUUGAUUCUCGCCCUUGCACUCUGCCACAAUGUCACGCCAACAAAAGAAGAAGAAAACGGUGAAAUAGUGACAACUUACCAAGCUUCAUCCCCGGACGAAAUUGCCAUUGUUAAAUAUACGGAGGAAGUUGGACUCAAACUGUCUCAUCGGGACAGACAAUCCAUCAUUCUCACUGUUGGUGGCUCCGGCAUAUCGAUCAAAGCCAAGAUUUUGGAUAUCUUCCCGUUUACAUCUGAAAGCAAGCGUAUGGGGAUCAUAGUUCAAUUUUCAGCAGAUCAGUAUCAGAGUGGCCCAACGCAACUACAAAACGAAAUCUGGUUUUUUCAGAAAGGAGCUGAUACUGUGAUGUCAUCUAUUGUAUCGGCAAAUGACUGGCUCGACGAAGAGACUGCAAACAUGGCACGAGAAGGCUUACGAACAUUGGUAGUGGGCAGAAAGAAGCUUACCUCUGAACACUAUGGUGAAUUCUCCAAGAGUUACAAAGAAGCUUCUAUGUCUCUUAACGAUAGAGACAGCCUAAUGACAAGUGUGGCUCGAGAGUACCUAGAACGGGAUCUCGAGUUGUUAGGUGUCACUGGUGUCGAAGACAAGCUACAGAAGGAUGUGAAACCCUCACUGGAACUGCUUAGGAAUGCCGGAAUCAAGAUCUGGAUGCUUACUGGAGAUAAGGUUGAAACGGCCCGUUGUGUUGCUGUUUCCUCCAAACUUGUCUCUCGUGGUCAAGUUAUCAAUACAGUCACGAAAUUGAAAGAUGCAGAUGCUGCAAACGACGCCUUGGAUUUCCUUCGCAAUAAAACCGAAUCAUGCCUCCUAAUUGACGGGGAGUCUCUUGGCCUUAUGCUUUCUCAAUUCCGGAUACCGUUUAUAACCCUUGCCGUACGCCUUCCUGCGGUCAUUGCCUGCCGCUGUUCUCCGAUGCAAAAGGCCGAAAUAGCGACUUUGAUCCGACAGCACACCAAGAAGCGCAUUUGCUGCAUAGGAGAUGGCGGUAAUGAUGUGUCUAUGAUCCAAGCUGCAGAUGUUGGGAUUGGAAUCGUCGGGAAAGAAGGGAGACAAGCUUCUCUUGCUGCUGAUUUCAGUAUUACACACUUCCACCACCUCACGAAGCUUCUAUUCUGGCACGGCCGUAACUCUUACAAGAGGUCUGCCAAGCUGGCUCAAUUCGUCAUGCACCGCGGUUUGAUCAUAAGUGCGUGUCAGACUAUGUUCAGCAUUGCAAGCCGCUUUGAUCCCAAGGGCCUGUUUAUAAACUGGCUACUAGUGGGCUACGCGACAAUCUAUACCAACGCUCCUGUGUUUUCACUUGUUCUAGACCGUGAUGUUGAUGAAGGCCUAGCAAAUCUAUAUCCCGAGUUGUAUAAAGAGCUGAAGUCUGGAAAAAGUCUUAGCUACAAAUCGUUCUUCACCUGGGUUCUCGUCUCCGUCUACCAGGGUGCGGUCAUAGAGGGCCUUGCACAAAUUCUCGUUGGCGAAAUUGCUGGCCCCCGGCUCGUCAGCGUCUCAUUUACUGCUCUAGUGUUGAAUGAACUUAUCAUGGUAGCCGUGGCUAUUACCACAUGGCAUCCCGUCAUGAUAAUGUGUAUUGUAGGCACCGCCAUAGUCUACGGUGCCACUGUCCCCUUCCUUGGAGACUAUUACGAUCUUGCAUAUGUUGUUACAUGGGGAUGGGCAUGGAAAGUUGUUGCUAUUUGCGCUGUUUCACUUAUACCGGUUUGGGCCGUGAAGUUGAUAAGCCGUACCUGGAGCCCGCCAAGCUAUCGCAAAGUCCGGGGAUGA